AUGUUCGACAAAAAAAAGUCGUUUCAGCCACCAGGAUGUGGAGAAGAUCUUAUGGCGACAAAUAGGAAACAAAUGGUGAAUGGCAGUGUAGGAUUUGGAUCCGAUCUCAGAGAUCAUUUCGAUUUCUGCAACUACAUGAUAUCGGCACCUAAAGGAAAAAAGAUUGUGGUGGACCUCGAGUGGGUUUCCUAUGGUUAUGACAGACCAGGUUGUAUAAGAGGAGGAGUCGAGAUUAAAGCUCAAAAGGAUCAGAAGCUAACAGGUUACCGUUUUUGCUCGCAGUUAGGCAGUGGAGGUCCUAUUGUAUCGAGUGUCAAUCCCCUACCUCUGAUCCUAUUUAACAGGCAAGGCACGAUGCAGACAAGAGUCACUUACCGUUACAUUGAUUAA